CGGUGACCCCGCACCAAACCCCGUCCAUUGGGGUGUCGUCGCGGUAACAGCAAAAUGGCGCUGUUGGAGAGCUUCCGGCGGGCGGACAUCAAGGCGCAGCAGUCGUUCAAGGACGCCAAGACAGGCCAUGAGCUGUCCCAGUCGGUGUUCCAGGACGUUUACGUCGGGGUGACCAGCGGCGCGCUCAAGGUGCACACGGCGGUGGCAGGCGGCGCCGAGCAGGUGGCCAACUUUUUCAAGGGCCUUGUGGGUGGCAGCAGCAAGAGCGCGGGUCCCUCCAUCCCUGCGGAGCUGGUCACGCCAGAGGGGUCCCACCCAGACCUCGCGGUAUCGAUGCAGCCCAAGGAGGUGGAUGCGCCCAGGAGCACCAGCAACGUCAGCGCCUCCUCCGCCUCCACAGCCUGGACCGACGGCGAGCAUCCGCCCAGCAAGCUGGAGCGUGAGUCCGGCACAUACCGGGUGGACUACCAGAAGUACCCCAUCGCCGGCUACGUCAAGCUGCCCUACGCGCUGCAGCCCUUUGUGCAGCUGCCCUACCUGGACCAUGUGGUGGUGGUGGCCAAGCCCAGCGGGGACGUCAGCGGCGGGCUGGAGAACUACAGAGAGUCUGUGUCCAAGCCUGAGCGUGCGGCUGCGCCCAUCUUUGCUGUCAUCGACACCCCCGGCAAGGUGGUCAAGGACAAGGGCUACCUGUGGAUCGAGAUCCCGCUGUCCGACAUCUUCAAGCUGAAUGUUGGGGAGAUGAAGGGGGUUGAGGACUACAUGAAGGUGCUGAGCAAGAAGGGGCGGUGGAACUACAAGGACCGGCAGAAGAAGUUCAAGCAGGGGCUGACGUGCGAGCACGUGCCGCUGCCGCCCGGCUCCAAGGAGCUGGUGGAUGAGCUGUGGCCGCUGUACAAGAACACCGGCGAGCGCAACGGCUUCACGGUGCUGACUGAGGCCGAGUUUUACGACUUCCACCUCACCACGCCAGACCUGACCGUCAUGCUGAUCAGGGACAAGGACAGCGGCGGGCUGGUGACCUUCUGCACGGGCGUGCGGGCGGGCGACACGCUGAUGCCCAUGUGGUGCGGCACCGACUACGACAACGAGAAGAGCAGGCAGUGUUCCUCGUACUUCAACAUGCUGUACGAGUAUGUGAAGAUUGGCAUCGCCGAUCCCACCAUCAACUGGAUAGACCUGGGCGCCUCCCGCCGCUCAGCCAAGGUGGCCAUCGGCUUCACCGGCUACCCAGUCAGCAUCUACAUCCGGUGCAAGAACAGCGUGCAGGAGUCGCUGUACUCGCAGAUGAUGGCCACAUACUUUAAGAAGGAGGAGCUGAUUAACGACCCCUGAGGUGAAGCUCACUGCGCUUGGCUCUGCCUGCCACCUAACCUGACACAGUGAGGCCCGCUCGAAAGGGGGGGGGCGGCUUUGGGCGCCAGCGAAAACUGGCUGGCUCGGCUUGUCGGCCAGUUCUGGAGCCGCCACCGCACCCAUUGUAGGUGUUGUUUGGACUGACAAGCGUGUACUGUUUUGGUAGCAGUAGUAUCCCUCUGCACUGAGCCAACCAAGGUACAUGUAUGAUGCAACUGUUUUUUCCAAGCCUCGGUGCCCAGGCAAUGCGCCGGGAUUCUUGCAUUGCCUUUCCCGGGAACUUCAGACUCGACCCAACCUUUGUACAGAGCUCUACAUCUCUGUAACACUGGCUUUGC